CUUCCCCUCUCGCUCUCUUCAUAAAGCCCUCUCCUACUCAUCCCCCCCUAAACAAAGCUCCCAUGACAACUCUAAUCCUCUCCGCCCUUCCGAUUUCGACCUCCACCUAUCCCUCCCUCUCCAAGAGCAGCGCCAAGAGCCCCAUUCUCCCUUCCAUCUCUUCUCUCUCGCUUCCCUCCAACCGCCGCAAGGCCAACCCCCUCGCGAGCUCUCUCCUCGGAGACCCUGGCCCUCUCUCUUCCCCCCGCGCGCCCACCACGCCUCUCUACCCGCGGCCUAGCCCUCGCUCCACCGCCGUCUUCUUCAGUCUCCCCACCGCGAAACCGGAGAGAGCUUCGACCGAGAAGAUCUCCAGGUGGUCGGCGAGGGCGAUAAAGUCCUUUAACAUGGCGGAACUGGAGGCAAGGAAGCUCAAAUACCCCAACACCGGGACGGAGGCUCUCCUCAUGGGUAUCCUCGUUGAGGGUCGGUAUUUAAUUGCCUGGCCUUUCUAAGAUUCAUGGUCCCUAGUCUUCGUUCUCUAUAAUUCUGUUGAUGUUUCUUGUUUCUAGUGAUAAAUUUGUUUGGACUAAUUAACCUGCUUCAGUGAUAUGAUGUACGAUUAUUUUUUCGCUUCUUUGAAGCUAGAACUAUUUGUAUGGAAAUCUUUUCUUUAGAGAUGGGAAGUCGUAUACUGGAAAUAACUAUCUAUUACAGAUUGACUUUGGUAGUGCAAGUUGCUUCCGAUUUGUUUCUAUCGAGUUUAUGUGUUAUAUUGUAGCGAGAUCAAGGAAAUUAAUAUCAUUAGGAUUUUCCUAGGCUUUCCCAUUCUC